ACUAAUCAAGUAAAAUAACAAAAACACAAGUCAUUUAUAUUUUUCCCAGAUAAAUAAAUUUAAAUUUGUUUAAACAAUUAUUUAUUUAGUAUUUUUGUUAAUUAUUGGCAUAAAAUUAGCAACAAUUUGAUUUUGUUUAUUGCAAAUACAAAAAUCUCAAGAUGCCAAAUCCUGCGGAACUGGUGGCCGAGCUGCGCAACUCGUUCCGCUCCGGCAAAACUCGGCCGCUGAGUUUCCGAAUUACUCAGCUCAGAAAUUUGCUCAGAAUGUACUCAGAAAAAAAAGACGAAAUUGUCCGAGCGUUGCACGAUGAUCUCCGAAAAUGUCCGGCCGAGGCAAUUGUAAUGGAAAUUGACUUUUUGGUCAACGAUUUGAAGAAUACUUUGUGGAAUUUGGACCAAUGGGCUCGGCCCGAAUACGUGGAGAAGGAUUUGGCGAAUUUGUUGGAUACAGCUUACGUGCAGAGAGAACCUUAUGGAGUGGUUUUGGUUAUAGGCGCCUGGAAUUAUCCCAUUCAGUUGACACUGUUGCCGUUUCACGGAGCCCUGGCGGCCGGAAAUUGCGUCCUAAUUAAGCCUUCGGAAGUUUCCGCAGCUUCUGCUAAACUCAUUGAAGAAAUUAUUCCUCAGUAUGUGGAUAAUGAUUGCUACAAGGUCAUGAACGGCGGAAUUCCCGAAACCACCGACCUACUAAAACAGCGAUUCGACUACAUUUUCUACACUGGCAACACCGCCGUCGGGAAAAUCGUCCACGCAGCCGCCAACCGACACUUGACACCUGUCACUUUGGAAUUGGGAGGAAAAUCGCCGUGUUACAUUGACAGUUCGGCCGACAUCAAAACCGCAACAAAACGCAUAAUUUGGGGCAAAAUGACCAACAUGGGCCAAACAUGCGUCGCCCCCGAUUACCUUUUGUGCACCAAAGAAGUCGAAAAAAAAUUCCUAGAAACCGCCACCCUUAUUCUUAGAGAAUUUUACGGACCCGAUCUUAAACGAUCGCCCGAUUUGGGCCGGAUCGUCAACGAUCGGCACUUUGAGCGUCUGCAAGGGCUCCUAGAGGGCGGCACUGUUGCCCUAGGGGGCGACACUGACGCGCACGAUCGGUUUAUGGGUUUGACAGUUUUGACAGAUGUCAAAAGUGACGCAGCGGUGUUGCAACAAGAAAUUUUCGGGCCCAUUUUGCCUGUUGUUAAUGUGGCCGACGUGAAGGAGGCUAUCGAUUAUCUGCAGGAGAGAGAAAAACCACUAGCUUUGUAUGUGUUUUCUAAUAGGAAGGCUGACGUGGAGUUGUUGCUAAAAAAUACCAGUUCUGGAAGCGUAUGCGUUAAUGACGUCAUAAUGCAACUAGUCGUUGAUACGUUGCCUUUUGGUGGAGUUGGCAACAGCGGAAUGGGCGGCUACCAUGGCAAAUUCAGCUUGGAUACGUUCUCGCACAAAAAGGCGAUUUUGUAUAAAGACCUGGGAUUGGUCGGCGAAGUUUUGGGGGCGGCCAAGUACCCGCCCCUGACCAAUGGCAAGAUCGCAUAUUUGCGGUUCAUGUUGGCCAAGCGGCCGCCGUUUUUGAUGCGAUUGGUCAAAGGGGUUUUGGGUGGUUUGGGGCCGUUUUUGGGAGGGGUUUUGGCACUUUAUUUGUGGCAAAAAUAUACCCAGAUUUAAUUUUAGACACCCUGUAUAUUAUGUAUUUUAUCCAUUAUUGACAUUAUUGAGGUUUCAGGCAUAUUUUUAAAUAUUUUAAUAAUUAUUUUGUAUUUUAUUAUUAUAUUUUACUCUAAAAAUCAAUUUA